GCAGGGGAUGGGAUGCAUUGAGUGUUUUGCCAGGGACUGCUGCAGUCUCAGACUCCAGAACGUCUAGUUGGUUGAGAUACACAUUCUGGGCCCGGAGGGGCUGCCUUUGUCUGGCCUGUGCUGGUGUCUGUUGGAGGCCCCAGCCCCAUGCAGGUUCUAUUGCAGUUCAGGCCUGAGGACACCAAAGUUGGUGAAGGGACUAGCUUAGAGCUACUGCUUCAGGGUGUUGAGGUGAGAAUCUGAGCUGGCGCUGUUCUGUAGGGGCCAGUAGACCUCAGAAAGUGGAAGGACCAGGACUUGAGUGCAGCCAAGCUCUGGGCAUAUACUUGCUUGGCUGUUUGAGCAGGGAGUGGGAGGUCCUCUGGGAUGGGUUGCUGGAGAGACAAGCCUCACUGAUGGAAGGGUAGGGUCAGUGUUGUUUUGUUUUGUUUUGUUUUGCUUUUGCUUUUCACUCUCAUUCACAGUAGAGCAUGUGUGCACACAUGUGAGAGAAAGAGAGAAGAGCCCCCUCCACAGGGUCUGGCCAUGCCAAGAUUCCCUUCCUGCAGUCCUCCUGCUCGUUGGAUCUUGGGCCCUCACACCUGCACCUGGUGUAUGCUGACCAGGCCAGGGACUCCAACCUCAGUGGACAUGUAGCUCGUCUUGAGCAGCGCGUUACCUCUGUGUCACAGAGUGGCCCAGAAUUCGUUUUAAUUGCAGUCAGUUCUGGACACAAGCUUCAUGCCUUUAGUCAGACCUCAGCAGCCUGCGGGCCUGGAGCUGAGCAUGGAAGAGCAGAAUGAGAAGCCCCUGGGGCCCCUGAAGGCCUGUGUGCAGGAUACUCAACUUCCUCAAGAGAUUAUCAUCAAGGUUGAGGGAGAAGAUGCUGAGUCACCAGACAUCCCAUCCCAGGAAGAAAUGAACUUCAAAAUUGUGACUGUGGAUUUCACUCAAGAGGAACAAGGCACUUGGAACCUUUCUCAGAGGACCCUGAACAGAGGUGUGCUCCUGCAGAACCACAGGGACCUGUUCUCCUGGGACAGAGCCACUACACUUGGAAGAGAAUCAUCUUCAAAACAGAGCAUUUUUGAUGAUGAACCAUCCCAUGGAGUGAAGAUAGAAAAGUUGACAAGAGAUGAUCCUUGGUUAUCUUCAUGUGAAAAAGUCCACGAUUUUAAGGACCAGCUGGAGAUGCAACAGAAAAAAAGAGAGAGACUUUUACAAGAAGUGGCAAUCACUCCAAGGAGAACUAUUAUUCAUGAGAGAGACUGUAAAAGCGAUGAACUUGAAAAGAGUGGUCUGAUGAAGACCAGUCUUCUUUCACCCCCAGUGAUACCUAUAAGGCACACUAUUCAUAAAUGUGUUAAAAAAUUGCAUCAUAAUUCUGUUGUAAACAGUCAUCAGAAGAUUAAUGACAGUGAGAAACUAUGUGAAAAUAAUGACUGUGGAAAACCUCAGAGCAUUCACCUUAUUCAGUUUACAAGAACUCAAACAAAAGAUAAACCCUAUGUAUUUAGUGACAGUAUUCAGUCUUUUAGCCAUAAUACACACCUAGAUAUACAUGAAGAAAUUCAUGCAGGAGGAGACACCUUUCAUUUUAAGCAGUGUGGGCCAGUUUCGAACCAUAGCAUAUCCCGUAAUGAACAAGAGAUAACUCCUGCAGAAGAGAAUCAAUAUAAAUGUAGUAAAACCUCUCAGAGUCCAUCCUUUGCUCAAAACAUGAGAAGUCAUUCUGAAGACAAACCCUUUGAAUGUAAUCAAUGUGGGAAAUCCUUUAGCUGGAGCUCACAUCUUGUCGCACAUCAAAGGACUCAUACAGGGGAGAAACCUUAUGAAUGUAGUGAAUGUGGGAAAUCCUUUAGCUGGAGCUCACAUCUUGUCGCACAUCAAAGGACUCAUACAGGGGAGAAACCUUAUGAAUGUAGUGAAUGUGGGAAAUCCUUUAGCUGGAGCUCACAUCUUGUCGCACAUCAAAGGACUCAUACAGGGGAGAAACCUUAUGAAUGUAGUGAAUGUGGGAAAUCCUUUAGCUGGAGCUCACAUCUUGUCGCACAUCAAAGGACUCAUACAGGGGAGAAACCUUAUGAAUGUAGUGAAUGUGGGAAAUCCUUUAGCUGGAGCUCACAUCUUGUCGCACAUCAAAGGACUCAUACAGGGGAGAAACCUUAUGAAUGUAGUGAAUGUGGGAAAUCCUUUAGCUGGAGCUCACAUCUUGUCGCACAUCAAAGGACUCAUACAGGGGAGAAACCUUAUGAAUGUAGUGAAUGUGGGAAAUCCUUUAGCUGGAGCUCACAUCUUGUCGCACAUCAAAGGACUCAUACAGGGGAGAAACCUUAUGAAUGUAGUGAAUGUGGGAAAUCCUUCAGCCGGAGCUCGCACCUUGUUUCCCAUCAGAGAACUCAUACUGGAGAAAAACCUUAUAGAUGUAACCAGUGUGGAAAAUCCUUUAGCCAGAGUUAUGUCCUUGUUGUGCAUCAGAGAACUCAUACUGGAGAGAAGCCUUAUGAAUGCAGUCAGUGUGGAAAGUCAUUCAGGCAGAGUUAUAAACUUAUUGCACAUCAACGCACUCAUACUGGAGAGAAGCCCUAUGAAUGCAAUCAAUGUGGGAAAUCAUUUAUUCAGAGCUAUAAACUUAUUGCCCAUCAAAGAAUUCAUACUGGAGAAAAACCCUAUGAAUGCAAUCAGUGUGGGAAAUCCUUUAGUCAAAGUUAUAAACUUGUUGCUCAUCAGAGGACUCACACAGGAGAAAAACCCUUUGAAUGUAAUCAGUGUGGAAAAUCUUUUAGCUGGAGCUCUCAGCUUGUUGCACAUCAAAGAACUCAUACAGGAGAGAAACCCUAUGAAUGUAAUGAGUGUGGAAAAUCUUUCAACCGUAGUUCUCACCUUAUUAUGCACCAGAGAACUCAUACCGGAGAAAAACCCUAUGAAUGCAAUCAGUGUGGGAAAUCUUUCAGCCAGAGUUAUGUUCUUGUUGUGCAUCAGAGAACUCAUACUGGAGAGAAGCCCUAUGAAUGCAAUCAAUGUGGGAAGUCCUUCAGACAGAGUUCAUGCCUUACUCAACAUCAGAGAACUCAUACUGGAGAGAAACCCUAUGAAUGUAAUCAAUGUGGGAAAACAUUUAGCUUGAGUGCUCGACUUAUUGUACAUCAAAGAACUCAUACUGGAGAGAAACCCUUUACAUGUCAUCAGUGUGGGAAAGCUUUCAUCAAUAGCUCUAAACUUAUUAGGCAUCAGGCAACUCAUACUGAGGAGAAGCCUUAUGAAAGUAACUAGUUUGGAAAUCUUCCAACCAGAGUGUAUUCUUUUUUCUUUAAUUCUUUUUUAAAAUGUAUUUUAAAUGAUAAUAGGGAUAACUACUAUAAAUAACAAUCUAUGUGGGGAAACUAAAUCGCCCUUAGUUGUAUAUCUGAAAAAUGUGUUUUGAAGAAGGAAGUGGGUGUAUGAACUACAUAUUUUAACUUACUACUUCCCAUGUACAAAAUCAAAUUUGUCCCUAUGAUGCAUUCAUAUGAAAGUAGUAAAUAUUGGCAUUUUUCCUUGUAGAAAGCAUUUAGACCUGAAUCUGAGAGAAAACCAUCGACUGUGGAGUAAUUAGGAGUCAGAGAAACCUCUUUUAACAUAAAGACUAAAUAGAAUGUUAACAGCUUGUUGCUGAGAAGAUUGAAAAGAUUACUUUUUAGAACUUAAACUAGAAAACAAUAUUCCAGUAUGUGGCUUUACUACAUGAUUUCCCCAUUGGUAAUUUCUUAUAAAGAAAUUUAUAAGAAUGUAAAUUUCUGUUAUAUGUGACAAUUUUGUAAAAGUUAGGAAAAUGGCUACAAUAUGAAGUAAAAAAUGCAGAACAAGAAUGUAAAACGAAUAUUCAUUCUUAAAACCAUUGUGAUAAUAUAUUUGUAUAUGGAUCAGAGUUGAAAAUAAUCAUGGGUGUAUCUGAUUUUUCAGAUUAUGUCAGAUCUUCCUUUUUGGAAUGUAUGCCAUUUUGCUAUAGUAAAUGACAUCAUUAAUAAAAAACUAGUUGGAAACAAAUAAAUACAAAGGUUUUCAUCUAAUUUGACCUUUUAGGAACUACUAAGCAGCCAGGUAGCAAAGAUUCCACUAGGGCUUUGAGAUUUCCAUUUGCAUUGCCAUGAACAGAUCACUGCUUAGGAUUUAGAGUCCAAGGGAUAUUCUUCAUUAAGAAUACAUACACACAUAUAUACAUGUAUAGCCCAGGAAUGGAUAAUGGAUAACUGGAAUUUUAGACUAGAAAGGGUUCUGUAUGAAGCAUCAAGAAUGAAUGCCAAUAUACAGGACAAGUUGGUUUAUUUUCAUAUAUCCAAAGUGGUAUAAAGAAGCUCUAUUUUUUUUGAGAGAGAGAGAGGUUUUUGUUACAGGGCACGUGCACUUAACAGAGAGACAGAAAGGGAGAAAUCACCCCCCGGGGGGUAUGGCCACACUGCA